AUGAAUAACGAACGCACUCAUUCCUCUGACAAAGCAAAACGUCAAAUUUUGGAAUAUUUUUCAUAAACGAGAAAACAUGAAGAUGGCUGCUGAUGGUUCGCAAAUUUCUCUAACAAGAAGAAAUAAGCCCGGAACAAAGGCUAAGGACUAUUGCCGUUGGCCAGAUGAACCGUUUGAAGAAAUGGACAGUACGCUUGCUGUGCAACAAUACAUACAGCAGCUGAUAAAGAUUGAUCCGUCGAAUAUCGAUUUGAUACUCACCAAUCCAGAAACACACGAUGAGGGUGUGUGGAAGUAUGAACAUUUGAGGCAGUUUUGCAUGGAAUUGAAUGGAUUGGCUGUACGUCUACAAUCGCAAUGUUUCCCAGCUACCUGCACACAGAUGACUGCUACUGAACAGUGGAUAUUUCUGUGUGCCGCACAUAAAACACCAAAAGAAUGUCCAGCAAUUGAUUAUACAAGGCAUACUUUAGAUGGGGCAGCAUGCCUGCUGAAUAGUUACAAAUAUUUUCCAAGUCGGGUAGUUAUCAAAGAAUCAUCAGUCGCUAAACUGGGGUCCGUCUGUCGACGGGUCUAUCGCAUCUUUUCACAUGCAUAUUUCCAUCAUCGUGCGAUAUUCGACGAAUUCGAAACAAAAACAUUUUUAUGUCUCCGUUUUACGCGUUUUGUGUUAAAGUAUGCGCUAAUGUCAACCGAAAAUUUAAUUGUGCCGAUACCAAAAUCCGGUGACGAGAGUAUAAUAGCAACAUCCGGUGAAAGUGAAGCCUAAAGUCAUGUUGCAUCGUUUCCAGUUUUUCUUUUUAUUCAAAAAUUAUAACUUGAUAGCAUUUCGGUCUGUGGUAUUAAGUGGAUCAUUAUUAUCAUAAAGUGUUUCAAAUCAAAACGGACGUUUGAUUUUAUAAAAUCUUUCUCCAAAACAAAGCAGAACGUUGUAAUUGUAUAAAUUCAAUAUAAUCGUCUCACUGUUCUUUUUCACCGACCCCUCGAACAGGACAAACUAAAUGUUUAAACAAAGAAAAUGGCUCAAGUAUAUUUUUGAAUUUGAUUUUUUUUCUAACUUAAAAAAAACUGGUAAAAAAUCAACCCCUGCUAAAUGCAUACACUCCAGUUAUAUUCAAAACGUUGCAAAACAAAAAAAAAUUAAAUGAAAUUAAAAUUGAAAUGUGCGCUAAAUGUGUUGUAUACAAGGCUCUAGAACGAUGUUACAUAAUUUAUUAUCAAAAAUUUAAGACAAACAAACAAAAAAUCUAUCAAGGAUCGUGUGACCGCAAUAGAACAAUUUAGUAUAAUGAGACAGUAAUUAUCGUUUGUAAACAACAAUAAAAUUCAGAAUUGUAAAAGUCGACACAAAAAAAGCAAAAAAAAAUAAAUUUUCUAUCAGCCGACCAAAGAAGUUAAAAAUUCUGAAAGUUUUUACUUUUAACCGAAAUGUGUACACUGUUCAUCACAAGGUGUGCCAGGUGUUUAAUGAUCGAUCAACACGUUUUAUUUUCCAUUUAGAAC